AUGCCGGGCAUUGAGCGUCUUCGAGAAGAGGUGGAGCAACUGAGAAGUGAAACCAAUAGACUAAAGGAAAAUUUGAAAUUGCAGAAUCCACAAAGUGUCAGGGAGAGGAGCGGCUCGGACCGUCAGCAUAUGGAAGUGGAGUCAUUUAGAGCUCAAAUACGAAAGCAUCACGCGGAUGCCCCGAUUUUGAAACUCCAUGACGAAUUAUUAAGAGCGGAGCAGCGAUGUACCCAAUACGCCGAUGCCUUGGCAGAAAGCAAAGGAAACUUCGUAAACAUGAAGAGGCUCUACCAGGAACUCAGCGAUAUUCUUGACGGAUGUUCAGCGUAA